AUGAUCCACUUCUUCCUGCUGAUGUCGAGGCAGGGCAAGGUUCGCCUCGCCAAGUGGUACAACACAUUCAGCCAAAAGGAGCGGGCGCGCAUCAUGAAGGAGACGACGCCCUUGGUGCUGCAGCGGCCUCUCAAGCUUUGCAACUUCGUAGAUUGGAAGAACUACAAGCUGGUGUACAAGCGGUAUGCCAGCCUGUACUUUGUGUGCGGCGUGGACCCGGCCGACAACGAGCUGCUGGUGCUGGAAGUCAUCCACCACUUUGUGGAGGUGCUGGACAGGUAA